GCCGAGGGGCCCGGGCUGGCUGGGCCAGUCCAAGCGGCGCAGCCACCCAUGCGCGCGCGCUCGCAAGACCACCCGCGCCCAGAGCCCCAGUCUGAGGCUUGGCAUCGGGGGGUCUGCGGGCGAGGCGAGCUCUCUAUGGGCGAGGGGCUAGUGGGAGCCGGCACAAGAGGGUCGAGGAGCCAGAAACACCAAACGUUCGGCGCCGGGCGCUAGCCAAGCUGCUGCGCGCCGCGGCGCCCAGCUGGCUCGGGGACAGCCGCUGGGUGUGGGAGACCGGAGUUAGCGGAUUGCAGCGGAAGAGCAAAGCCCGAGAUUUCAGGUGGUAGCUGCGACGGAUGACAACUUCUCUCCCAGCGCCCUGCAAAAGAGACCCGGCGCGAGAGGAGCGAGGCCGUGAGGUGCUAGCUGGGGCUCCUGGGGGAGCGCACCCGGAGAUCCGAGCCUGCCAGAGGCAGGCGGCGGGCGCAGAGCGGAGAAUGGGAGGCUUCUCUCCUGUCUUUUCCUCGCCCAGCCGGGGAGAUAGACGCUGAACGAUCUAGGAUCGGUCCCCGUCCCCCACCUCGGGACAGAAAGGACGGUUUAUCUAGGUUUGGAGAGACCAAACCACUGCAUAGCCCGUGCCCGAAAACCGCUGGCCAAGUCCCCAAGCGACUGUCUUCUGCGCCCCGAUGUCUCUGUCCUCAGCGCCCCACCCCACCCCCGGCACCCCUGCUCUGCGUUUAGAGACUGGGCGUGCUGGCGCUACAAUCUUCACUCUUCCCUCGUCUUCCUGGAAAUGGCACGGAGUUCUUUGGGAAACCCUUGCUCUGAGGAUCAGCGAGUUGGAUGGCCAGGAGGACUUUCUGUGCCAGCCGGGAGCAUCGGCUCCGCGGUCCUGACACUCGCGCCUCCGUUUCUCAACCCCGUAGGCCAGCACCGCCCCGGCUUUUCCCAGGCGCUCACGCGCCGCGGUGGCCCACAGGGGCUUUUAUCACCCUGCUAGUGGGGGCUCUCGCUCCAGCGGCGCAGAGGCCAAGCCGGGUUCUGAAGGCCCCAAGGGAGGCGGGGGUGGGAAGUGAAUGCGGAAAGAUGAUGGGGAGAGGAGAAACUGAAGCUGAGCAGGAUUUAGGACCUCCCCUGAUGUCCGGUCGCCAUCCCAACACUCAUUUUUUGGGCUGGUAACCACAGCCCCUACGUAAAAGGGAGGCGGGGGUGCAGGUGCGUGAGACCAUUCUUACCCUCCUCUCCACAGAACCUGGACUUGGUUCAGAGGAAACCAACCACUAGCCAUUUCCAGCAUCUAACAAUUAUUGGGCUGGAAAAACAAAGAAUGCAGAAAACCAAACUUCCUUGUACAUUUAAUUUAACCACAAUUCAACAAGAAUUGGCUGCCUGGCAUUGGAAUAUUCUUUCUCUGAAACAAAAAGGAAACAGAAAUCUCUAGAAGACCUUAAGCGGCUGACUUCUUUGUUAAAUAAAUCUCCCCAUGAUUUAAGUUCAUUUCUUGCUUAGAGGAGCCUUCCCACUCUCAGCCGGCUCCCCAGCCUCCCACCUCCACCAGCUUCACCAAGACUCUCAACCCUGUCUGUUGCUACCAUUAAGCAAUUCUGUCUUGUGGAGUGAAACCCCAGUUAAAAUGACCAAGUUAAGGCUGGAAAGCAACACUCAACCCUCCCUCAUACUCCCUGCACCAUCAUCGUUCCUGGCCCAAAAGCUCUUAGACAGGGGCUCUGCCGGCCCAGGGGGACUCCGGGUUACCUGGACAUUGGAGUGUGACCAUUCAUGUUAUAUAGAUGGGCCCCUGGAAAUCCCUGUGAUAAGGUACACUCUAAUUGCAGGCAGCUUGAAUAGGAUUCUGGCUCUGUAGAAUUAAUCCAACUGACAAGAUGGUUAGAAAUGAUAAUGAAACUACCCAAGUUAAUCCAGGGAUACUAACCACAGUUUCUGUACAGCUUCUGUUUUAAUUGCUGCCAGUCUAUGGUUUUUUACCCAAUACAGACAUGAAAUUCCAGGUCCCCCAAAUACUUCACAAAAUGGUCAGCCACAAAGCCCAGAUCUCACUCCACAGACAGUUGUGUGGUAGGGAAAUGAGCACAGAAGGAACCAGCAAGGCACCUGGCAGUUCAGAAUGGAUCAGACGCAAAGAUGUCACACUGGAUCCUUGGCCUCCAGGGUCCAUUAAGGUGAGAAUAAGCUCUCUGGACUGACUGGACCUAGCCUAAGACCGAAAAGCAGCCAUGGACAUGGUGGAUAAGCCACUCAAUGGAAGCCACACAUGGCUAUCCAUUCCAUUUGACCUGAAUGGCUCUGUGGUGUCAACCAACACCUCAAACCAGACAGAGCCAUACUAUGACUUGACGAGCAAUGCAGUCCUCACAUUCAUCUAUUUUGUGGUCUGCAUCAUUGGGUUGUGUGGCAACACACUUGUCAUUUACGUCAUCCUCCGCUAUGCCAAGAUGAAGACCAUCACCAACAUUUACAUCCUCAACCUGGCCAUCGCAGAUGAGCUCUUCAUGUUGGGUCUGCCUUUCUUGGCUAUGCAGGUGGCUCUGGUCCACUGGCCCUUUGGCAAGGCCAUCUGCCGGGUGGUCAUGACUGUGGAUGGCAUCAAUCAGUUCACCAGCAUCUUCUGCUUGACAGUGAUGAGCAUCGACCGAUACCUGGCUGUGGUCCACCCUAUCAAGUCGGCCAAGUGGAGGAGACCCCGGACGGCCAAGAUGAUCACCAUGGCUGUGUGGGGAGUCUCUCUGCUGGUCAUCUUGCCCAUCAUGAUAUAUGCUGGGCUCCGGAGCAACCAGUGGGGGAGAAGCAGCUGCACCAUCAACUGGCCAGGUGAAUCUGGGGCUUGGUACACAGGGUUCAUCAUCUACACUUUCAUCCUGGGGUUCCUGGUACCCCUCACCAUCAUUUGUCUUUGCUACCUGUUCAUUAUCAUCAAGGUGAAGUCCUCUGGAAUCCGAGUGGGCUCCUCCAAGAGGAAGAAGUCUGAGAAGAAGGUCACCCGAAUGGUGUCCAUCGUGGUGGCUGUCUUCAUCUUCUGCUGGCUUCCCUUCUACAUAUUCAACGUUUCUUCCGUCUCCAUGGCCAUCAGUCCCACCCCAGCCCUUAAAGGCAUGUUUGACUUUGUGGUGGUCCUCACCUAUGCUAACAGCUGUGCCAACCCUAUCCUAUACGCCUUCUUGUCUGACAACUUCAAGAAGAGCUUCCAGAAUGUCCUCUGCUUGGUCAAGGUGAGCGGCACAGAUGACGGGGAGCGGAGUGACAGUAAGCAGGACAAAUCCCGGCUGAAUGAGACCACGGAGACCCAGAGGACCCUCCUCAAUGGAGACCUCCAAACCAGUAUCUGAACUGCUUGUAGGGUGGGAAAAAGCCAAGCCAUGCUCUGUCUACUGGCAAUGGGCUCCCUACCCGCACCCGCUUCCUUCCUCCCACCCCUCACACCUGGCUUCUAGAAUAGAGGAUUGCUCAGCAUGAGUCCAAUUCAGAGAACAGUGUUUGAGUCAGCUUGUCUGAUUGAAUGAUAAUGUGCUAAAUUGAUUACCUCCCCCUUAAAGCGAACAUUGAAACGCAGGUAGGCAAUUCAAAGUCUGGAGAAGAGGGAUCAUGCCUGGCUAUCAUCUUUAGAAACAACAAAAAUAGAAAAAAAAAGUAUCUGGGUGUUUGUGUAUUUAAAACUCAAUAUGUAAUCUUGUGUUUUUAUAUUUAUCCUUGUAUAUUCCUAUUUAUUCUCUGUAUAGGCAUUACCUACGUUCCCGUGUUCACAUACACAAGUAUCUAAUUCGAGUGCGCAUAGUGUAGAUAGACAUUUGCCACAAUACAGUGUCCGCAGAAAUGGACUUAUCAUGAAGUCAGUAAAGUCCAAGCUUCAGGGUCUCUCUUGCACGGGCCUUUCCAAGGCCCAGGAGGGACCUGGGCAGUAUGUUCACGUGGUCAUAUGUUUUUGUAAAAAAUUGUGAAAGUAA